GUUAGGCACAGCAAAGUUUCAGAACUAGGAAAUGUUUAGCAAUAUCGCAGCUAACUUCAUUACUGUUCCUUUUGACGUUCGAGUUCGGAGUAAAAGGACACGCGAACAUAGGCAAAUUUUGCCUACGUUCGCCUUCUUUUCUCAGUUAUGUCUCGGCAUAGCAACAAGCAGCAUGAGGAGACGGACAAGCUAACGCGUAUAGCUAUAGUGAACGCGGAUCGUUGCAAGCCUAAAAGAUGCAGGCAAGAGUGCAAGAAGAGUUGCCCGGUGGUGAGGAUGGGGAAGCUCUGUAUCGAGGUGACGCCCAACGACAAGAUCGCCACCAUCUCCGAGGAGCUGUGCAUCGGAUGCGGUAUCUGUGUGAAGAAAUGUCCAUUUGAUGCUAUUACCAUCAUCAACAUUCCUUCCAACUUGGAGAAGCACACCACUCACCGUUACUCCAAGAACUCGUUCAAGCUCCACCGGCUCCCGAUUCCUCGGCCUGGUGAGGUACUGGGUCUGGUCGGCCAGAACGGUAUUGGCAAGUCCACGGCGCUGAAGAUCCUUGCCGGCAAGCAGAAACCCAACCUUGGACGUUUCUCUGACCCUCCAGACUGGCAGGAGAUCCUCUCCCACUUCCGCGGCUCGGAGCUGCAGAACUACUUCACCAAGAUCCUGGAGGACGACCUGAAGGCGCUGAUCAAGCCGCAGUAUGUGGACCAGAUCCCCAAGGCCGUGAAGGGAACCGUUGGGUUCCUGCUCGACAAGAAGGACGAGCUGAAGAACCAGACACAGAUAUGCAAGAUGCUUGACUUAUCCCACAUCCGUGGGCGCGAGAUCGCGGCUCUGUCCGGCGGGGAGCUGCAGCGAUUCGCCAUCGCGAUGGUGUGCAUCCAGGACGGGGACAUCUUCAUGUUCGACGAGCCCUCCUCCUACCUCGACGUCAAGCAGAGGCUGAACGCUGCCAGGACUAUACGCUCGUUGAUACAUCCUGAUAAGUUCAUCAUAGUGGUGGAGCACGACUUGUCGGUGCUGGACUACCUGUCGGACUUCAUCUGCUGCCUCUACGGCGUGCCCGGCGCGUACGGCGUCGUCACUAUGCCCUUCUCCGUACGAGAAGGUAUCAACAUAUUCCUUGAUGGUUUCGUGCCGACUGAGAACAUGAGAUUCAGAACUGAAUCCCUAGUAUUCAAAGUAGCUGAAUCUGCUACAGAAGAAGAGAUAAAACGGAUGAACCAUUAUGAGUAUCCAGAGAUGACAAAGAAAAUGGGUGACUUCAGUCUUAGGGUCAAGCAAGGAGAGUUCUCUGACUCCGAGAUCUUGGUGCUUCUCGGAGAAAAUGGAACUGGAAAAACCACAUUCAUCAGAAUGUUGGCUGGCAACUUGGAACCCGAUGAUGGCUCGGGCCACCUGCCGCAGUUGCACAUUAGUUAUAAGCCACAGAAGAUCUCGCCCAAGUCGCAGGGGCUGGUGCGUCAGCUGCUGCACGAGAAGAUCAGAGACGCCUACAUUCACCCACAGUUCAUCACAGAUGUGAUGAAGCCAAUGAAGAUAGAGGAGAUAAUGGACCAGGAGGUGCAGAACCUGUCUGGAGGAGAGUUGCAGCGUGUGGCGCUGGUGCUGUGUCUCGGGAAGCCCGCCGACGUCUACCUGAUUGAUGAACCCUCGGCCUACUUAGAUUCUGAGCAACGUCUUGUUGCUGCUAAAGUUAUUAAAAGAUUCAUCCUGCACGCCAAGCGGACAGGCUUCGUGGUCGAGCACGACUUCAUCAUGGCCACAUACCUGGCGGACCGCGUGAUCGUGUUCGAGGGCACCCCCUCGUCGGACGCCACCGCGCACGCGCCGCAGUCGCUGCUCAACGGCAUGAACAAGUUCUUGGAACUGCUGGGCAUUACCUUCAGGAGAGACCCGAACAACUUCCGCCCCAGGAUCAAUAAGCACUCGUCUGUUAAGGACAUUGAGCAAAAACGGGCUGGCCAAUACUUCUUCCUGGAAGACUAAAACGGACACUGUAAAGAGUUAUCAAUAUGUAUAUUUAUUUAUAUAUGUUGGGCUGUUGUAUGUAUGUAUGCUGCUACGUAGUCACUGUCACAAUGGAGGUGGCUAACAUUUACCAUCCUUGUAUUUCCAAUUGUAUUUUAUUGUAAUAAAUCAAUUUUAUACAAUUGCGCA